GGGAGAGAGGAGAGAGAGAGUCGGAGGAGGGCGAGGUCGAGGAGGCGGGGAGCAGCGCGCGCGCGCGCUCGUUCGGCAUGGACCAGAAUGCCGGCUCCUUCGUCGCCGUGCGCCGCCUCUCCGGCGCCGGCGCCGUCCACCACCACCGCCACCACUCCUCGCCGGGUACGCGCGUGGCUUCAUCGUUUGAUCGCGCUGUUUGUCUCGGCGCAGAGGCUCACGGUGACGAUUUUCACCCCCUUCCCUUUCCGUGCGCCCGCAGCGGAGGUCGUGGGCGUGUCCACGGCGUGGAUCGGGAGGGGGCUCUCGUGCGUCUGCGCGCAGAGAAGGGAUAGCGAAGCGCGCCUCUCGUUCGAUCUGACCGCCAUUCAGGAAGAGUGCUUGCAUAGAUUGCAGAACCGGAUAGAAGUGCAGUAUGAUAGUUCAAAUCUAGAGCAUCAGAAAGCACUGAAGGCCCUUUGGCGUGCUUCUUUUCCUGGAACUGAACUUCUAGGGCUAGUAUCAGAUCAAUGGAAGGACAUGGGAUGGCAAGGGAAAGAUCCAUCUACAGAUUUCAGAGGUGGUGGUUAUAUAUCUUUGGAGAAUUUACUGUACUUCUCUAAGAACUUUCCAAAAUCCUUCCAGGAGCUCCUUGGUAAGAAGAAUGGUGAUAGAGCGUUGUGGGAGUAUCCCUUUGCUGUAGCUGGUGUAAACAUUACAUUCAUGCUAAUUCAGAUGCUUGAGCUUCAAGCAGCUAAGCCAAAGUCAUUGAUUGGAGCAGUGUUCCUAAAUCUACUUAAAGAAAAUGAUCGAGCAUUUGACAUUCUUUACUGCAUAACUUUCAAAUUGAUGGACCAGAAAUGGCUCGACAUGCACGCCAGUUACAUGGAUUUUAAUUCGGUUAUUAAAUCUACGCGGCGCCAGCUCGAGAGGGAGCUGUUGCUCGAAGACAUUCAGAGAAUCGAGGACAUGCCAUCAUACAGGUUUCUCGCCCGCUAGCGACUGAACUCGGUCACACACCUGGCAUUGCCACAGACAGCGCAGCUCCAUACACGUGAAGAAUUACAACGUUGGAACCACGUACACUGAGCUCAAUGCUGGAGGAAUCUAGGAUAAAUGUGGACUGUGGAUGUGCUUCAUAGGAUUGUGCUGUCCUGUUUAGCUACCCUGACAGACCCAGCAGCUGGGAUGUUAUUAUUGGCUUUACCCUUGUACUAGGGUUCCUUUUCUUUUGAGCGACAUACCGGCAGAUCCUAGGUUUCGUUGUAAACAAGAGGAUCGUGUAAAGUCGUCUGGAAAUGCUAUGUGGCCAUGUAUGUGUUCAUCAUUCAUGACGGUGUACAUUGGCAACGGACGACAACCUGUAAAAGGCCGAGCUCGGAUUGAGCCGGCCCAACAAUCAUUUGAUUUGGUCUGGGUACCUUCGCUGGAGCCCGAUGGCCUCUUUGGUUCGGCCUAAAAAGCUAGAACUG